AUGGCCGUUCCGUCUACUUGCGAUCUCGAUGAAGUCCUCCCGGGCACAAGACGUUUGUUCGUUGACGAAAGAGCAAGCGUCACCUCAGGCGACACCAGUAUAGAAAAGCAUGGCGAUGUCAUCCUCGUCCCGCCUCCGACUAAGUCCCCCAACGAUCCGCUGAACUGGAGUCUUGCGCGCAAGAUUUGGCACUCGUUUCUGGUGUGUUACAUUGUUACCCUGACCGCCGCUACGUCCAAUGUCGCCGGUGCUGCUAGUACGGGUGUCAACGAGCAGUAUGGCAUCAGUUACGAUGUGUUCAAUACUGGCGCAGGUGUACUCUUUGUCGCAAUCGGAUACUGGACUCUUCUGAGCUCGCCCGCGACCCAUCUUUACGGGCGACGUAUUUUAUACUUGGUUGGCACGGUAUGGGGUCUUGUCGGAAACAUCUGGUUUGGACACUUGACCAACACGUCCGACACAGUCUGGUCUCAACUUUUUGUCGGGGCCUCUGAGUCUGUUGCCGAGGCCGUUGUUCAACUUUCCUUGCUGGAUAUCUGGUUUGAGCAUCAGAAUGGUACAUCACUGGGUAUGUAUACCCUCGCGACGACAGUAGGUACCUAUGUUGGACCUCUGAUCGCAGGUCAUUUGGCCGAAAACAUUGGCUGGCGCUGGAUUGGCCACAUGGGUGCUAUUGCCUCUGGCUUCACUCUGGUUCUCUUCUACUUUGGUCUUGAGGAGACUGCCUUUGAGCGCGGUCGCUACAUUGAUCUUGACCGAGCUGAAGAGCGCGAUGCUUCGCAUGGUAACGUCGAGGGUGUCCCCGAGCCCACCCCAAUCCACCAGGGUGAUCACGUCGUUACGAAGGAUGCGACGGAGAAGGGGCUCGCUCCGCAUCUAGAUGAGGAGGCUGCGAUCGCACGGGAUGCUUCUGCGCGACGUCGUGAAGACGUUGAGCGCAACAGACUCUCCGAUUCGUUCGCGCGUAAGAAGUCGUACUGGCAGCGCAUUGCCCUCAUCACACCAGCGUCCAACUUGCGCGGACUAGGCUUGAUGCAGUAUGUUCAUCGUCUAUGGCAUACUCUGCGCAUCUUUUCCUUUCCCGCCGUUUGGUUCGCUGGGUUCCAGUGGGGAAUGCAGAACAUUGCGCUGUCUUUCUAUCUGACGGUUGAGGAGGAUUACUGGGUGAACGAGCCCUACAACUACAGCGACUCUGCUGUCGCCAACAUGAACAUUCCGACCCUGAUUGGAAGUAUUAUUGGCUGUUUCUACGGUGGAUACUGUAGCGACAAGUUCAUUCUCUGGAUGGCGAAGCGCAACAAUGGUAUCAUGGAGGCCGAGUAUCGUCUCUACCUCAUGAUUCUCUGCGUUGUCAUCUUUCCCUUGGGUAUGUGGCUAUUCGGUAUUGGAUCAGCUCAGCAUUGGGACUGGCCCAUUCCGUAUGUCGCCCUUGGCUUCAUCGGCUUUGGGUACGGCUGUGCUGGUGAUCUUAGCAUCACGUACCUCGCUGACAGUUACCCGGACAUGGUGCUCGAGGGUAUGGUAGGCGUCGCUGUCAUCAACAACAGCAUUGCCACCAUCUUCACCUUUGUGUGCAGCUACUGGAUUGACACUGGUCUGCAGAACUGCUUCAUUGAGCUUGGUGUUUUGAGCUUUGUUAUCAUCAUGACCUCUCUUCCGAUGGCAGUCUGGGGUAAGGCGUCCCGUCGCUGGACAUUGGAGCGAUAUGCCAACUUUUUGCGCAUUCGUGAUGGUAUGGAAGUGUAG